CGUGUGUGUUGAAAUAUGCUGACGGCGCUUUUGCGGACUGGACGUCGGCGUGCCUUUGGGACGACGACGACGAUUGAGAAGACGCCACUUGGUACUGUCACGAGCUACUACGACAGCCAAUCUGGCCAGCACGUCCGCUACUCGGAUGCUAUCCAGGUCCACGGUCUCCAGCUUCCAGCCCCAGGCGUCAAGGGCCUUGCCUCCGUUACGUUGACGACGCCGAUUGACGUGCCAGCCGCCGUCGCCACGCACAUGUACCUCACCUCAAACGUUGCGCCCCACGCGCUCGCACUUGGAGUCUCAUGCGCGGCCUCACGUCGCGAGUGGGACGAUGCCAUUGCCAUCGCCGCCGCUGUGACGUCUCUAGCCCGACCCGUCAAAGUCACGCUGCUCGACCCAUUUGCUGGCAACCCGUACGAUGUGCAGCUCUUGGGCUCGCUUCUUGCGGACGCCGGUGUGACUGUGCUGACGCUGAACACCGGAAGUGAAAACGACUCGGACUUGUUGGAAGAAGUCUUUGAAGCUCUCACGUGGAGUGACGUCGUGGGACUGCCCAUGAAGCAACGCAUCGGCUUGCGCUCUCUCGACUCGGAUCUUGUCUCAUUCGCCGCUGGCAGCCUCGCGAUCAAACACUAUGAUGUGUGCUUUGACGGAGCUGACGCAAUGACACCCGCAGGCUUGACGGACGUUCUUGCCGACGCUGGUCUUCCCCAUUCUCUACAGCUUUAAUAUCGACAGAACUCCGGAUACUGAUACGUAUGACUGUGCA